AAGUCGUUUUGCCAACACUUACAUCAACUUACAUAAGAGGAAAUUCUCAACACCAUUCACUGUCAACUGCUUCGUGUCGUGAAAAAAUUUGUUUCCUGCGCGGUCCGAAACUUCAACUCAACAAGAUGAUGAUGCAGCGUGCCAACCUUUUGCUCCCCGUUGCCAUCGAGGCGACCAUCCAAUCGCAGCCACAGCGCGGCAUGGCUACCCUAAAAUCUAUCUCUAUCCGCUUGAAGUCCGUAAAGAACAUUCAGAAAAUUACGCAAUCCAUGAAGAUGGUAUCAGCUGCCAAAUAUUCGCGUGCUGAACGUGAUUUAAAGGCUGCUCGUCCUUAUGGUGUUGGUGCACAACAAUUCUUUGAGAAAACCGAAAUCCAACCUGAAGAUAAAGCCGAACCAAAGAAGCUUUUGAUCGCCAUGACCUCAGACCGUGGUCUAUGCGGUGCCGUACAUACAGGUGUUGCCCGUCACAUUCGUAAUGAAUUAGCUAAGGAUGAUUCCCAAACUAAGCUGUUCUGUGUUGGUGACAAGUCUCGUUCCAUUUUGUCACGUACUUUCGGUAAGAAUAUUUUGAUGGUAGCCAAUGAGGUUGGCCGUUUGCCACCUACUUUUAUUGACGCUUCGAAAAUCGCACAUGAAGUGAUAAAGACCGGUUAUGAAUUCACCGAAGGACAAAUCAUCUACAACAAAUUUAAAUCGGUGGUUUCAUAUCAGUUGUCUACACUGCCAGUGUUCACAACACCAACUGUAGAGAAAUCUGAAAAGUUGGCACUGUAUGACUCACUGGAUAGCGAAAUUAUUCAAAGUUACUUGGAAUAUUCGUUAGCCUCUUUGAUUUUCUACACCAUGAAGGAAGGUGCUUGCUCUGAACAAUCUUCCCGUAUGACUGCCAUGGACAACGCGUCCAAGAAUGCCGGUGAAAUGAUUGAGAAACUCACACUCACAUUCAAUCGUACCAGACAAGCUGUCAUCACACGCGAAUUGAUUGAAAUCAUUUCUGGUGCUGCCGCUUUGGCUUAAACAUAGAAAUAUAUCGAACGAUUUUGAAGUAAUACAAUUAAAAAAUGGCUUUAGGAGCACGGAGAGAUGGUGUUUAACGAUGAAGCGAAAUAUGAAACGAACUAUUCGCCAUGAGAUAAGUUGAACUUUGAAAUAAAAUAUUAUAACAAAUAAACCUUAAAAUAAAAGACUUUUACUGAA